AUGCAUAUAUAUGUAUGUAUGUUAACACAUUCCACAUAUGUUCCAUGCGCAUUUGCUUUUACGCAAUUUCUUUCAUUUUCUGUUUUGCCUUCGUGUAGUGCGGUUGUUUAAUUAAUUUGGUUUUUUGUUCGGUGCGCGAAAGUCAAGAAACAUAAUAAUUAAAACUAAUUUGUGCACUAAUUAUGAAUACUUAUAAGCGUAUUUGAUUUAAGUGUAAUAUAUUUUGGUGAAAUCCUUUAAUAUGUGUGUGGCAAAUAAUUUAACAUUCCUUGCAGUUCAGGCUUCGGCUGCCAUUUUGUGAAAUCCAAAUGAAUUUGUUAUAUUAGAUAUUCAGUUUUAUAUUUCCAAUAAAAAAUGGCUGAUUUCGAUACAAAAUAUAAAGAAAUGCAGAAAUAUCUGCCAUUUCUACAAAAUGUCAUUGAAAAAUUGCGUAGCAGCUCCGAACAAGGUGAUGAUAACCCGCGCAAGGCGCAAUUGAAAAAAAUGGAGGUGCUACACGAUCUGCUGAAAAGUAACAGGAAAAUGUUAAAAAUGGAGACUUUACUGAAAUGCGAAGGAUUAUUAAUAAAACUACAUAGCAAAAUGGAAAGGAUACCCUUUUUGCAGAGUGAUAAUGAGACUUCCAAACCAACUAAUCAAACUUCCAACUUAAAAAAUAAAACCACAAAGUCAAAUACAGAAGUGCCAAGUGAAAAAAAUACAACAGUGUGUAGUGUUGAUAUAGUUGAUAUAACUGGACCAGAGAGUCCGCCACCACAGCCAUUGGAGGAGGUGCCACCUGUAGAAAUACCUACAGAGAGGCGUUGUUCACCAGUGCAUGAUAUAAAAUCGUCCAAAUCCGAACACCGCGAUAAACACAAACACAGUUCAAAGCAUAUUGAACGUAAUUAUAAGCAUCACAGUCAGCAUCAACAGGAGCGCCAUCACUAUCAUACUCAAUCACAUGAGCAAAGUCAUCAAAAAAUAAAUUUUAAUAGAAAUGUUGAUAAAAGUAAAGAACAUCCAAAUAAUGCAUCAAACAUUUUUCAUAGACGCCGUAUGGGCGCGGAAAGUGCGACUGAUGCAACAAACGCAGUUAACGGUAAUAAAUGCCAAUUCGAUCCGUUAAGAAAUCGCGAUCCGCGCGCAUCGAAUGCAUUUACCCACGAAAUAUAUUCACCCGAAGAAUGUUGGGAUACCACGCCCUGUAGAAACAGUAAUGCAAAUCACACUACAGUUUCAGCCAUUCACGAUACUCCCAAAAGUUUGCGCGAGCAGACAUAUCACGAGACGAUAUUUAAUUUUAAGAAAAAUGUGCCGAAACCGACUGAAAUGUUUUCACGUGUACGCAAUCUUGAACAACCAGUUGCUGUGUCCAACAAAAGUGCACCCUUUUCAAUGCCUGUCAAAGUGCCGACAAUACCGGAUGUGCUGAAAAGUCCACCAUUGUCGGCUAGCGAUAUCUCGGACUUACUGAAUGAAAGUGGUGGAAAAGGAACACCAAGUAUCUCAGAGAUUGGUAUACGGCGUCCAGUAAAUGCCACAGUUUCUAAUAGCACUGGCACAACCGAUCAAAUAUCGCCCAUGGAAGCAGCAACACUGGAUAAAGUGCGCAAAAAAUUCGCAAUUGUUACCAAAAGUUCACGAGACAGUCCGGAUGUGCAGAAAUCGCCAGUUACAACUACGGCCAAAGAAACAGCAACAUUGUUACCAAAAGAACGUAUAGCUUUAAAAUAUAAUCCACACCCGCGGUCAGAGCGUAAUACAUUAUCGGCUAGUAGUAAUAGCAGUUGUGGUAGCGACACACAUGUUGCACAACCAGUUGAUCCACGGUUAAAUUAUAAUCGCUUUAAUAACGCUGGGAGUAAUUUGACAGCGAUCAACACGUCAAAUACAUUGAACUCAGCCGCGCCACAUGACCCCAGACUACGGAAUGUCGCCGCUACAAGCAUGACUUCCAGUCUCUAUAAACAAUCACAGAAUCCACAACAACAGCCCGCAUUUCUGCCGAUUAAGACAAAUUCCACAGUAGUGUCACCGCAGAUCAAUUCCCCAAACGUCAAGCCACCAGUAAAACAGUCCCACAUACCCAGUUUAUUAGAUGUUAAAGUGAUGGAUCCACGCGUGCCGUACAAUGCAAGCUUCCCAAGCACACCAAUAGAACCAAGACAACACAUGGUAAAUAAUAUGCCAGCAAAUCAAAAACAUGUGGGUAUAUUUUCACGCAGAGAUUUCACUGUAAAGAACUAUGGCGAUGUGCCGGCACCGACUACACUAGAACGACCCACGAUACAGAGAAGCAAAAGUGGUUAUAGCAGUGAAGAGAACUGGGACUCGGAUCCGGAUACGCCAGCUGUACCAAAAGCAGUCAUACAGUCACCGCAAGCUACACAAAUUCAACCAUUCACAGAACUGUUGAAGGCAACGGAAGGACAUGUGGAUGCAGGUGCUCGAACUGUCAAACCACCAUUGUUACCUACACCGAUAUUCGCACGUAAAAAUAGUGGUAACGGCUCAAUGCCACCGCAUAUCGUAAACCCGCAUUUUCAGCAACAUUCCAAAAAUGUGCCGCAGUAUUCCACUAAUUGUAAGUUUAGCGCCUUGCUGAACGAUAAAACGGAACGUUCGAAAUAUUUCGAAUCGAAAAAACAAAAGAAAAGUGCGCCACGUACCUAUGUUGAGUAUAAGCAGGCGAAGGCGCGUGCUGCCGCAGAAGAUGCAGCCAGGAAAGCCGCCGCUGAGAUCACAAAACCGCCAAAUAUAACUACCAAAGAUAUUGGUGAAGUGAGUGAAGUUGAUAGCAGUGUGUUAGCGAAGCUUUCAGAACAUCCACCUGUCGCCUCAACAUUGGACAAAUUAUAUCGUAGCACCGACUUUACUAGCACCGAAUUUCCCAAAGCCAAAACUAGUUUUAAAAUACCAAAGAAACCUGUCGAAAAAGCGUCAGAGAAAACCGAAACAGAGCCGAAAGCUGAUGUUGAGAAAAAGGAAGAUGUUAAAGAAAACAGCAAUGGGUCUUUAGUGCCGGAGCAAUCAAAUAAAGAUCAAACUAUUAACAAGCCGACAGCUGUGUCCAAUGCCAAAACAGAGGAUAUUGCAACUACAACACAAGACGAUAAGAAGAAAAUUGAAAAGAAGUUGCAAAUACCAAAGAAAGCUCAGGAUAGUGUCAGCGAAAAGAAGCAGGGAAAGAAAGAUAAUAAAGCAAGUGCUAAAAAAGAAAGUGUGGAUAUAAGCAUUAAAAGCAGUGAGAAAGUGAAGAAUAAACCUGCAACCAAGCGUGGGGUGCAAGCUAAAUCACAAACCACAACAACGGCAGUUGAUGCAAAGGCAGAAAUUAACGGUAAUGCAACUGAAGAUGUCGUAGAAAACAUUACGCCUAAGACUGUCAAAGAAACGGAACUUAAUAAUAAGAUUGCACAUAGUAAUGGUUCUUCCGAAGAAGCAACAAGCAUUACAAAUGAACCGAAAGAAACGAAUAAAAAGAAAAAUACUGUUCAGGUUAAUGCCGCUAUUGGAUUAGCUACUACUAAUACAAGUGAUUGCGAUAUGGACAGUGCAUCGAACCUGAUUUUAAAGAGUGUAGCAAAAGCCGAAUGUAGUGUGACAAACAAUAUGCCAACGAGAGCAGACGAGCUUGUAAGUCCGUCAACAGCUUUGUUUUUGAAAAGCCUACAAAGUUUCGGGAAACCUGCGCGUAUACUAAAGCGUCGUAAUACGAUGAUGGUUCGAGGUAGUUUACCCGAAGUAGAUAAAGAAAAAAUCUUUCCCAUAAAAUCAUUGGUUUACGAGGAUAUUCAGGGAGCUAAAGAAGAAGAGCUUCGGAAGGAGAUUGACGCUAAAAUGCCUAAAAUUAACAAAUGUCUCGCUGAAAUUUUUCAAAAAACCGAUGAUAAUUGCAAGGUUUCAACACAAAAUAUUAUUUCCGGUAAACGGCGUACACGCACGAAUGUUAAUUUCAAUGAAGUGCAGCGUUCGUUAGAAAUCUUUAACCACAAGCGUCGCAGCGAACCGUUAAAGCAGCCAGUCGAGAAGGCGUCACCAGUAGCAAUAAAGAAGAAGGUAUCCCCUAAAGGCAAGAAGGGAACAAAAGGCAAGACAAAGCUUGAGACGAAUGUCAAUAAUACAUGUGAAGAAGAGUUAGCUGAAGCUGAGAACCUAGAACAAGCGAUUUUAGUGAAGGCAGAGAAGAAACCAGCGAAGCGUAGAAGCGUCAAGGUUAUAAAAUGUGAACAGGCGUUAGAAGCGACAGAGCCUAAUAUAGCAUAUGGCGACAACGAAGAAGCAGCCACGGUUAAUAUAGUAGAGAAGUCAGUUAAACCCAUCAGUAGAAUUGGCGCUAUAAUGGAUGAAGAUGCACAAAAACGUCAUCUGUUGGAGAGUUUCGUGCAGGAUAUACUAAAUCCCAAGAAGGACAAAGCGCAAAUAUUCAGUUUGUUAUCACAAAUACUGAGCGAAGAUAACCUAAAAUUCGUAAAAGAAAUCGUGGAGAGCGCAGCCGACAAAACUGCAACCCCAAACGAAGAAGUAAAUGAAGAGGUGCUUGAAGAAGAAAACAAUAUAGUUCCCAGCGACGAAGCACUUACGGUGAAUAAUACCGAUUCGACAACUAUAAAUGACAGCACAGAAAUUGUGUGUGCAACAAAACCGACUAAAGGCAAAGGAAAGAUAAAGAAAAAGAACGAACUAGAUCGUCUAAACGAAGAUAUACGCACCAUGUUCAUCAGUCAAGGCGUGUUGACGGCCACCGGUCGCCGAAUGUGCACUUUAGUCGCUGCCGCCGAAGAAGCAAACAAAGCAGAUGUCAGUGUGGAUAACAAGUCGCCUCAAGACAAAGUGACAGAAAACGAAGUAAAAUGUAAAUCAUCAAUUAUUCCAACCGGCAAUGAAGUGCCGCGUAUACGUAAAUCUAAGGUCGUACUAAAGCCAAUAGAUUUCAAAGAAUUUCAAAAAUGCGCAGAAACCGAAAUGGUUGAUGCAAUCUCUGACAAGACGGCACCAAGAAAAAUGCCUGUACUCAAACCCCAUACACCCAUAAAACAAUCGGAAGUAGAUGAUGAUAGCGAUGAAUUAGCUGAGCUACCGCUAGCUAAAAAAAUCAAACUAGAUAUCGACGUGAAGCGGGUAAAGCCCGGGCCGAAAUGUAGUAAAAAACAACCGAUUGCCUUAACAUCCGAUGACGACAUAACCGAUGUUGAAGAUAAUAGCGAUAAAAAAGUUACUCUGCCUUUGACGGAGAAAUCCACAACUUCUACCAAUGCUAAAACGAAAUUAACGUUGAUAAAGAACACAAAUAAGGAAUGGCAUUCGCAAUCCAAGUGGGUUAAAUUUUGCUUGUUGUGUGACAUCAAAAUAAUCUAUCCGGCCACACAUUACCUGCGGCUACACGAUGAAUUUUACGCUGCACGUUUGGCGCCCAAUAUAUUGGAAAAACUUAAUGCAGGUGAAAUGACCAAGCCUUAUUUCGGUGUAAGUAACAAGAAAAUAAUAACCUGGUUCUACCGCUGUCCAUUUUGUUUGGAACAUAAACGCAUGAAAAAGCCCAACUGGAUAGAGCAUAUAAAAACGCAUACGGGUGAAUACAACUUUGAGUGUAGCAACUGUCAUCAACCUGGCGCUAAAGGCUGGCAACUUGAAAAACACAUCAAAACAAAUUGCAUUGGUGCGACAGUUAUGCGCAAGUACGUGACGCCAACUGAACCAGUGCUGCUUGGGCAUGUCUGUCAGUUAUGUAAUUUCAUACAGUUGAGGAGACAAAAUAUCGAUAAUCACCUCGUUAAGCAACAUGACAUUGCAAAAUCGAAAAUCGCCAAAAUGUGUCAUACAAUUCAACUGUUCGAUACUAGAGAUGUGAGAAUAAUCGAUAAUUUGAGUGCGGUAAACUUAGAAGCGAAAAUAAUAAACGAAGGUUUAGAUAAGCUAGACGACACGGAUACUUCAAACACGGCAACGCCGCUGCAAGCUGUAGCAGCAAAGAGCAAAGAUGAAAGUUUCGACAGCGAUGAUAUACCGAUUGCACAAAACCUGCAAUGUAAUAAAACUGCUGAAGCUCAAAAAAUCGCUGUGGAGCGCGCUUUAAGCUCCAAUAUAUUUGUGCCUACACGUGAGACUAACGAGUCGCCGACAAUGAAUAAUUUUGCACAAAGUUUAUUCACAAAUGAACAAGAAGCCGUUGGCAUAGAUUGCUCAGCUGCGGCUGUAGGUUCUAGCGGCAUAUCGAUUGCUGAACGUUUAAGUCAAAAGUUUAAGAGCAUACAAAACGGUAAAGCGAACAUAAUGGCUAAUGCCAGUAACAUCUUGGAAACACCAAACGCAACUGCCAGUACCAAUAAGGUUCUGGAAGCACCAAAUACAACUGCCGCUGAAGCAAUUGAGCAAGUAGCAUUUACGCAAAAUACAGUUGAUGAGUCUACUGCCGCAUCGAGCAAGGAACUCGAGAGUACAGCGCUACCAGAUCAGUUCAACUCAUCAACCGAAUCAGCGUUCUCAACAAACGAUGUAGGCAUAACACCGGAGUACACGCAGCCGGCAUCAGGUGAAGUAGUAGCAGUUGCGACAAGUGAGCGUGUAACCGAUUCACCCGUUGAAGACGACGAUGACAAUUGGGAGGAUAUUGAAAUUACAGAGUCUGCGCCAAGCACCACAUCAUCAACGGUUUCAGCAGCCUCAAGCACGAAUAACAAAAUUGGUAAAGCUAAAAAUAAGAAUGUGUUGCAUAAGCUUAAUCGACUGUAUGCAACGAAUAAUAAGCUAAAGAAGAGCUUGACUCUUACGAUUGGAAAUAGAAAGAAAGAAGAUAGGAAGGAGUCGACGGCUACCAAUCUAGCAAAUAAAGAGCAUGCAGCAGCGACUGUUGUCCUAAGUGUGGAUAAAACCAAUGAAGCUAUAACCGAAGGCUUAGCCACAACCAAAGUCACUUCAACAGACACCAUUACACCCGCAUUAUUAACUACAGAGGCGACAGUUACGACGCCUACCACCACAGUAUCGCAAUCAACUGCACUUGUAGCGCCAGCUACAACUACAAGCGCCGUGUCAGAAAAUGAAAAUAUAACUGUAGCUACGACAACACCUAAUGUUGCAUCAAAUCUCGGUUUUCGCCCAUUAAUUACAAAUCUGGAUGACUUAUUGCCCGACUCACCAUGUAAUGAUCCGAUAGAUCUGGUGCCCGAACUAACACCCAUGGAAUCGCUGCAAGAUCUCUGUGAUGUUUCAUCUAUUCUCAAUUCCGAUUAUAUGUCCGAUAAUUGGUUGACAAAUACAACAACUUCAAAUAUAAAUAACGAUAAUAGUCAACAGGCUAACAUGCAAGAGGCUUUAGAUUUCGUUAAAGAACAACAAAGUGUACAGAGUAAUGUCAAUACGAUCGCUCCAUUGAUGAUAUUGCCAACCAUUCAGCGCAUACAAAAUAUCGGCUUUUCGAAGUCGAUGGAUGAUAACACAUACAAAUUUUAUUGCCUCUCAGACAACUGUACUUUUCUCUAUUCAAGUGAGUUGAUUGGACUCGAGAGUCAUUUUAGUUGCGAGCAUGCGCAAACUACCUGGAAUGGCUACUGCCACAGCUGUAAAGCCAAUGUUGAAUGUGACGAUGCGACUGCGGAUAGUAGACUACCACUUUCUGCCGAACUAGCUCACUUGCGUUCAAAACACUCGACUGCCACGAGCACUGCACCCGUUUUACCAGUUGUAGACGAGUUGCGGCAACCAUCUAAAUCUAAUUCCCCAGCGCUGGAUGAAGACAGGCCACGUAUUAAGAUUAGACGAUUGACGGGUGAUUGUCUUUCAACAACGCCAACCCCUAACUCGAAUCAAAGCCCAAAGUCAGUUUCGACUUUUGAUGAAAACGCACAGCUUGUUGAAUUGACGCCCACAGAACCACGUUUGGUAUCAACGGUUACAACUUCGUUCUUAAAUCAGUUACCAAGUACAGUGGAGCAACCACCUGUUGAGAAUAGACAUUUUGAAAAUAUAGGUGUUCAAGCUAAUGCUUGUGCACCUAAUGUCGUAAUGCCAAACACAAACGCGCCAUGUACACUACAAAUCGCCAGUGUGGUUAGUUUGCAAGAUAAAAAAUUUUCCAAUCCAGUCGGAUCGGCUGGACCGCUACCAGUAAUCUCAAAUGUUUGCAGUUUAAAUUCCCGUUCCGUAUCGUCACCAGUCAAUAAUGCCGGUUCGCUUUGGGCUCAGCACAUAGUGGACGAGCGUGCCGAACUGGAACGUUCGGCCGCUGAGUCUCUGGAAGUAUCGCGUAUAUUAUCCAAUGCCUACGCGAAUAAACAUUCAGAGAGCAACACAGAAGCUAAUGCAACACGUGACGUCACCGAUUCACCUGAACCGGAAGUGGUUGCUGAAACCUUGCCGGUCGCACAAGCCACCAGCGGUAAUUACCUGAUAACUCAAACAGUUUCAGCGCAAUACGUUGAAGGUCGCUUGGGUUUCAAUAUAUCGAUUGCGAACAAUCCUUCAAAGCGCUCAAGCCGUUCGGACUCGGGUAGCAAUACCAGCACAUCAUCGGCUAUUGUCGCAACGGUACCACAAUUUAAAUGCAUGGCGAAUGGUUGUAAAUACCAGACGCGCUUGCCCGUAGCCAUGGUCGAUCACUUACAUUUCCACGAUCGCCAGAACUUUAGCGCACAUCGUGAAUAUCUGCGCUGCUCGCAAUGCACAUUUUUGGCUGAAGAUGUAGAUGGAUUUGUGCAGCAUACAGAACAAAAGCACGGCAUGUUCAUGCGUAGCUCUACCGAUACAGAGACUGUGGCAGAUAUUGCUGGUAAUACGGAUAGUGAUGGAAGUCAACAAAUCUCCGUUGGUAAUACAAGUACAAAUAAGAAUACAAAUAAUAAGCAAGGAGAAGGAAUGCUUCAGACUUUCACACAAGAGACAUGGGAGACCGCUUUGAAGGAAAUUGUUGCUGCAACUGGUGUACCAGACUUUAAACUUUAUCGCUGCACCGUUGAGGACUGCAGAACCAAAUUGACAGAAUCCAGUUUCUUUUCACAUGUUGUUUAUCAUUUAUCAACACUUGGACAGAACAAUGUGCAUAACCGUACAUUUAAGUGUCCACACUGUAGCAGUGUCUUUCAUAAGCCACAAAAGAUCAAGUCACAUAUCAAAACACACGGUGUGCACAAGUACUUCUGUUAUCUCUGCACCCAAACCUCCAUCAACGUCGAACAGAUGUACAAACACUUCGAGGAGAGACAUUGGCAUUCCAAGAAAUUACGUUCCACACCGUUACCUUAUAAACAAAGUUCCACCACAAUGUUCUAUGUGAUUUUUACAACUCUACUGAGUAAAUAUGAAAUUCAACAAUUUCGCGAGAAAUUAAUUGCCGAAUGGCAACGUAAAAAAUCGAGCGCACGCACACACUUUAAGCCGAGUGAAAUCGGUUUAUUGCCGUUGACGCCAAUAUUUUUUAAAGAUUUGAAUUGUGCCAUUUGCGCGUAUAAAACAAAAGUGCGUACAAAUUUGAUGCGUCACUUGCAAAUGCACACCGACGACAGCAAUAACGGCGCGCAGCCUGUGGCCAAUGUGGAUCCCGUCAAUCCAGUGCCAUGCCUGAAUUCAAGUGAGAAACACUUCGAUAAAAUGACAAAUUUAGCUUCAUCCUCACUAGUGGUCGGCAAUACGGCCGCAAAUGCCACGAACGUUGCAAAUGGCGGCGCUAACGGCAAGUAUAAAUUGGCUUAUGAGUACGUACCGGAUACGAAACGUUUCACUUGUGGCGUCAGUAAUUGUCAAUAUCUAACAAUAUCAGAUGAUAUCUUUCGUUCGCAUUUAAAUGCAUUGCACAGCGAUAUUUCGUUUUAUAAUUGUCCACAUUGUAAGGAAGAGAUUUGCAAACGUGGCCUGUCAGUUGACCGUAUUUUGAGCCAUUUACGUUUUCAUGGACCGAAAUUGUAUAUGUGCGACUCCUGUGGAUAUAUGCAUUACAUGAGAACUGUGGUUGAACGGCAUGUACGACAGCACGAUGUACAACCGCCGCAAUUCGUGAAGGUGACCGAGUGCGAUCGAACGAAAGAUAAUUUAGCCAAGAAAAUCGAUAACACAUCAACUACCACAUCGAUAGCGCAACCAGUCGCUGAAACCGAUACACUGAAAUCCAAAUGUAAACAAAAGUGGGCAUGCAAUUUAUGUGGUCACAAAACAAUGACACAACAACAAAUUAUGGCACAUACAUCAUCACAACAUUCGUGUAAAAAUCAAUAUCAAUGUAUGCAUUGCAUAUUUAAUGCAACACAACUAGUACAAGUAAUGUCACAUGUCGAUGAGAAACACCCGGGUAAGAAGCGUGAAGCGCGCUAUGUGUUUGAAAAAUUGGAGGGCAAGGAAGAGGAUAGUAAUAAUGUAAAUACAAUUGAUACACGCCCGCUCUGGCAAAGGGACGAUCCCACACGUGUACGUCACAUACGCGGCAUACUAAUGGAAGAUGAAGAAGAGUCGGAGCGUUAUAGAAAGCGUUUACGUUUGGAUGAUAUUGACGAGAUAUUGGAAAACGAUGAUGGCGAUGAGAAUAUAAAUUUAAAUCAAUUUGGACUAAUUUGCUACUAUUGUUAUGCCCAAUGCGCAAGCCCUAAAGAACUCUUUGAGGCACAUUGGCAAGCAACGGUCUGUACGAAAUACGAUGCGAAAAAACCGUUGCGCUUUCGCAUUAGCACCCAACUUAAAUGUGCACAUUGCCUUUCGUUUGUCGGCAAUAGUCUUCAGUUAGUGGAACAUAUGAAGGCGAUGCACAAGGCAACCAAAUAUUUAGCCGCAGAUCCACAAGCCAUUGCCGCUGGUUUAACCUGUGGUCAUUGCGCGUAUCGUGGCCAAACAUUGCCACAUUUAGCACAGCAUACUACGCGUUUGCGUCACAAACCGUUCGAUCUGAAAACCAUGUCAAUUGCACAGUUAGAAAAACUGAAAACUAUCGGUACACCUUUAAGUUACGUGCAAUGCCUCAGCUGCAUGGAACUGCUGGCCGAUCAAAGUGCCUUCGAGGCGCAUGUCUUGGAGCGCGCUAAUGAGUGCGAUAUGAAAUCGCAAAAGAUCUUUAACAAGCUGAUCUAUUCUUGUGCGUUUUGUCCGUAUUCGUCACAACAGGAAAUGACCGUAUUACGUCACAUGAUCGAUCAUUAUAGCGGCUUUAAGCGUUGUUGUUUUUGCGCACAACCGCAAACAACAUUCAAUGGUUACAUGCAACACUGCUACUCGGAUCAUCGCGAGGAGAUCAAAAAGUUCUGCACAAUAUAUACCAUUAUAGAAAUUAGUAAAUUCUUACAACAAAUGCUGGUAAUAUUCCCAAAUGGUCUAACCAUCGACUUGUACAAUCUACGUUUAACUCAGUGUCUGAAGGAGUACGGCAAUAAGCAUAUAAAGCAACUGUAUGAGGAAAUACAAAAAACCUCACAGCAACCGCCUAUACCGCGCUUAUCUCUAGGCCGGCUGGUUGCAAAGAAAUGUAGCGAAGCAAAACAGUCAUCAACAGUAACGCCAGAAAGCGCAUCUGCCUCAACGGCGGCCGCUUUACAGCUUGCAGGCAACAAUGUCAGGGACCUACAAACCGCCUUCAAAGCGCAAAAGAUUAUGAAACGCCGCAGCACAAUUGCAUUGGGCAGAGACGAGACUGCAAUUACACGUUUUACAAUGAAUGCGACUGCGAAUGAUGUUACUGCAGCGCGUCUGUUCAAUGGGAAAAAGCGCAAAUUGCAACAUAACCUGGAUUUACUGCCACCACCCGCUCCCAUGCUUACCUUCACAGCUGCCACUGACAGCAUUGAUAUUGAUCCGUUAAGUGUGAGUGACAAUGAAAUGGCACAAACAGAGCUGCAACCGUUCAGCUAUUAUGGGCAGACACCCGAACCAGUGGAUUUGAAUAAAAUAUUCAUCAAAAUUGCUGCAGCCAAUACCGUGGAGACUAGCAUCAAUAUAUCUAAAUUCAAAUUGCUGUACAACAUAGCGCCGCGUGUCCUGGUGACACCAACCGAUAUGACAAAGUACCGCAAGCUAAGUGUGAAACAAAAGUAUAUUAAACCAUGUCCGGCGAGUCACAAAAUCAGGUACGCUUGAGCGGUGUAAAUAUAUAUACUCCUAUACAUAUAUGUACGUACUUAUAUAUGUAGUAUAUAAAGUUAAUUAUGAGAUUAGCUUCACUUUAAGGUGAAUAUGUGGUUUCGUGAUAAUUUUAAGCAGCUAAAGAACCAUGUAACAAAGUUUGAAAGUGAAACUACUCGUAAAUGCAUUGGAAGGCUAAACUACGCUAUGGAUAAUACGUAUAAGCAAGUAACAAGCAAAUGUGAAAUAAGUACUUUAAAAAAGUUACUAACGUAAAUUAUUUAUAUAUCAUUUAAAUUCCUAUUAUUAUUAUAGUAUCGCGCCAAGAAAAGACUUACUUAAUGUAAAUACAGCCUAGGAACUGAUUAAUUAUAGUGAACAUUAGAAAGACAUGAAAGUAACACAAUUAUAUUUAAGUGAAAGGUAUCGUGAUUAUUAACAAUUAA